UUUGCCUACAGGCCUUCGCUGCCGAUACCGACCGACCGGUAAAUUCAGGACAGGCUAACGGAUGGUGUUGUCCGCCGGAGCGGCCCACGCCCAAGCUAAGAGGACCCGGGGACCCGUCAGCGGCGGCCGACCGGCCGGCCCGCCAGAUCAGUCACCGCUUAUCUCUCAAUUCGGCCGCGGCGGUCCAGUCCGCUGGCCGACCGGUGCGAUUUCUCAGUGGAUCUGUGAGCAUUUCUCAGCGGCUAUCGGCCGAUCGGUGCCGCGCCCCCGUCACCCCUCUCACUCUGGGGGAUGAGCGGUGCGUCUGGGGCGCCAUUUUCGCGUGGCUCUGCGGCCGCCGAUCGGCGGCUAUCUCAGCCAAUCGGCGCCGGGCGGCUCGCGGCGGCGUAAGCCGGGGGCGGUGGCGGCCGCAGCGGCUACCGUCGGCGGCCGCCGCCGCGCUCCAGUCUGCCCCCGCCCGGCCGGCACGCGGACGGUCGCCUCUCCUCUCCGGCGCCCAGAUGACGUCACCGGUCGACUCGCCGGCCCGCCUGGCCGCGCUCGAGUCGUACCUGGCGCUGCGCUCGCACUGCCUGCUCUCGGCGUUCGGCUCCGUCUCGGCGGCGCUGGGCAGCUCGGCCGGCAAGUUCGACUUCAGCCGACUGGCCGAGUCGGCCACGGAGCCGGUGCCGCUGCUGCCGCCGCUGCUGCCGGUGCUGCCGCCGGCCGGGCCGCUGGCGCCCGGGCUGCUGGCCGGCCUGCGCCUGCCGCCCGCUCGCCGCCCGCCGCCCGCCGGCCGCGGCCGACCCACCCGGCCCAAGAAGCAGUUCAUCUGCCAGUACUGCCAGCGCGAGUUCAGCAAGAGCUACAACCUGCUGAUCCACGAGCGGACGCACACGGACGAGCGGCCGUUCCCGUGUGACGUCUGCGGGAAGGCGUUCCGCCGGCAGGACCACCUCCGAGACCACAGAUACAUCCACGCCAAGGAGAAGCCGUUCGUCUGUGAGGUAUGUGGUAAGGGCUUCUGUCAGUCGCGCACUCUGGCGGUGCACAAAAUCCUUCACCUGGAGGAGUCGCCGCACCGCUGUCCCACUUGCGGCCGCAGCUUCAACCAGCGUUCCAACCUGAAGACCCACCUGCUGACCCACACGGACAUCCGGCCGUACAGCUGCCCCGACUGCGACAAACUGUUUCGGCGCGCGUGCGACCUGCGCCGACACGCGCUCACCCACUGUCUGGGUCCGCAGCAGGGGGGCGAGGGAGCCGAGCGGGAGCAGCAGCUGCCCGGCAGUGGGGAGCAGCUGCCCGGCAGUGGGGAGCAGCUGCCCAGCAGUCAGCAGCACCUACCCGGCAGUCAGCGGCAGCUGCCCGGCAGUGGGGAGCAGCAGGAGCAGAGACCCGGGGCUGACCGGCGCGGCAGCGGCUCCCAGGAGCAGCGGCUGGACACACACGGCAGGGAGACUCGGCGGGGCGCGGAGCCGGAGCGGGGAGCGUCCGGGAGCCCGAGGGAGCCGGGGCGCGCUAAGCGGGAGCCGGAGCGCGCUGGGCGGGAGCCGCCGGUGACCGUGCAGCAGCUGAUGGCCGGCGACAAGAUCAGGCAGCUGGCGGCAGCGGCGGCACCCACCUCGGUCAAGGCGGCCAGGUUCAGCAUCGAGGCUCUGAUGUCCGACUGAUACUGCGUGAGCUUGGCUAUUGAGGUUUGCCAUUUGAUGCCAGUUCAGCGAUGCACACAACUAUAUGCAUACUUUUGAUUGUUAGUGCUUCGGUGGAAAAAAAAAUACAAGGACUUAGGACUCUUGGAUGUCAGUGGGUUUACCUGUUAUGUUAUAUAGGAAGGCACACCAUAUGCUUCUAAUUCUCAUGUGUUCUUUGCAUGAUAUUAAAGUGUAAGGACGUUGAAAUGUGUGACAUUUGAGUAAAUUAGCUAGGAUUAUUUAUAGAAUGAGUGGGUUGGGUAGGUAUUUUGAUCCGAUGAACCAGAUAUAUUUUAUUUGCUAACGUUCCCCAUUCCGCUCACAAAUCGAAACUACCUACUGAAGAGAUUGAUAAUGUGUCUUACCUCCUGAGAAAUGUGUACAUAUCGUUGUUUUCUAUUGAGUGUUGACUAUUUGUCAUGUAUUUAUCUCAAAUACAUUUCAAGAAAUGUA